AAAGAACGUAACAAAGGAGUUGCUAAAUGCCAAACGGUCUCUCUUCUCGUCUAAUCUCUCUCAUCAAACCUUGUUCUUCAUUCAAACCUCUCUCUCUCUCUCUCUCUCUCUUCUUCUUCUCCUCCUCCUCUCUCUCUCUCAAAUCAGGCCCAUCAAUGGAAACCUCACUAAAAUUCCAAGAAAAUCAAAACCCAUCUCUGAUUAGAUCUCCAAACAGCCAUAGCACCAACACCACAAGCAGCAGUAGCAGCAACAGCAGCAGCAAUGGACUCCACCACCACCACCCACCAUCACUACCACCACCACCAACACCCACCCCACCCAAACCACCCAUUACCAGAUCCGAACCCAACAACCCAUACCCAACAACCUUCGUCCAAGCAGACACUUCCUCCUUCAAACAAGUAGUCCAAAUGCUUACCGGAUCCUCCGAAACCGCCAAGCUCGCCGCCGCCAAUAAAUCCGACCCGCCAAAGAACCCGAUCCCACCCAUCAAAACCGGACCCAAGAAACAACCCUCUUCCAAGCUAUACGAGCGGAGGAACAGUCUCAAGAACUUCAAGAUCAGCCCUUUGGUUCCCGGAUUCGUCCACGGAUCCGAGUUCUCGCCCCGGAAACCCGAGAUUUUGUCUCCGAGUAUUCUUGAUUUUCCGUCCCUGGUUCUCAGCCCGGUCACUCCCCUCAUACCCGACCCGUUUAACAGAUCCCCGAACUUGAAUAUGGAGGCUGAGAAGCAAGCGAUCGCCAAAAGGGGGUUCUAUUUGCACCCGUCUCCGGCGAGUACUCCGAGAGAUUCGGAGCCCCGACUGUUGCCUCUGUUUCCGGUCACCUCGCCCAGAGUUUCAGGUUCUUCUUGAGAGAGUUUUUUAAUAAUUUAAGGUUUUUUUUCUUCUUUUUUAUAAUAUGUUUUUCUAUAUAUAUAUGUAUAAUUUGGAAUUAAUGAGGCUAAUGUUGUUAUAUAUAUUUGUAAUGGACAAUUGAGAGAGAGAAAAAAGAAUGGGAAAAAAGGAAGACAAUCUUUGCUUCAA